UUCUUGUCUAUGGACGGCCGGCCGGCCGUGGUGGUAGAGCACAGUGGCUUGGAUCGUUGUGCUUCGUUUUUCGAACCAGUCGUACGCGCACGUUUUUCGCCACGCUCGUUUUUUUCGCGCGCGCGCGUCAGGCCAGCACUACGCACUGUGCUAUUAUAAUAUUCCGCUUCAGACGUCGGGUAGAAUCGCCGCUCCGUACGUCGAUUCUGUUUGUAAUUUUCUGCGUACACGGCAAGAUAUUAUUAUUACUGUGUGUUUAUACGCAAAACCGACCGAACGGUGUGCGUACACACAGUAUAAUUUUUGUAAUACUUUAUGCUGUACGUGAACGAAUAAUACGCAAAGGGAAACAAUUUUUUCGUUUGAAAGCAUAUUAUAAGUCCUUCGUCCAGACCGCGGAGAUAGUACCUUAUUUUUCGGCUCCUAUAUAAUAUAAUAAUAUUUAUACUGUGACAUACCGUGAGUCGGUGAAACUCGUAACGAUGGAAGUUGAGUCUGCAAAGCCKAUACGUUUGGCGAUGCCCAAGCCGCACGUGGUGUGCCACAUCACACCGCCGGAUGACGAGCCGAUCGCGCCAAAAUCGAUGCCGAAAAACGUGUACACGUUGUCGCCGUCAUCCCGAUCGCCGAGCCCCAGCAGGCGGUCGUCGCCACGCACGUCRUUCCUGCACGACGCUUACCGUGCGCUUACCGGUACCUCAAAGAAUAGCGGCACGUCGCUGACUGUCGCCAAGAGCUCUGCGCUUAUGGUACCGAUGCCCCAGCAGCAAUUGCCGUCGGCGGAAACCCGGGUGUCCAGUCACCAGCACGCGUCGUGUCUGUUAGACGUACCCAAAGACGUACAGUUCCGAAACAGGUCCAAGUCACUGGACGACGGUACCAGGAAAAUGCUGCUGCAACAACAGUCGACUCGACAGCGACUUGACAGCGGUGACGCGUAUAAAAUAUUCGAGAGCAUUUUGAAAGAAGGAGCUCUUUUACGUAGAAGUUCUCUUGACCCUGAAACUCGUCGUCUAUCCCUGGGCACUAUAUCCAACUCGAGGAAAAACUCUGAUGGCCUUUUAGAUCCUACACAUGCAGCAAUAUUGUUCAGGGAUUCCAGAGGUCUUCCCGUCGCCGAUCCAUUCUUGGAAAAAGUAAAAAUAAAAGACCUGGUCGAAGACGAAAGUCAGAUUUUUGUGAAAUUUUUUCGCUUUCAUAAAACUUAUGAUCUCAUACCAACCAGUGCAAAAUUGGUUGUAUUCGAUACACAGUUGAUCGUUAAAAAAGCGUUUUUUGCCUUGGUCUACAAUGGUGUGCGAGCUGCUCCAUUAUGGGACAACAAGCGUCAACAGUUUGUGGGCAUGCUUACUAUUACAGAUUUUAUCAGGAUACUACAAAAGUAUUACUCUUCUUCGUCUUCAAGUAUGGAAGAAUUAGAAGAACAUAAGUUGGAUACCUGGAGAAAUGAAUUACAUCAAGAUCGUCCUCAAGAAUUAAUAUCCAUUGGCCCAGAUAUGUCAUUAUAUUAUGCUAUUGAAACUCUAAUAAAUAAUAAAAUACACAGGCUUCCAGUUAUUGAUCCAGCAACUGGAAAUGUUCUUUAUAUUGUUACACAUAAACGCAUACUACGUUUUCUGCUUCUUUACGUAAGGAUUAAUGAUUUACCCAAACCGGCAUAUUUAUCUCAAAGUUUAGAAGAACUAAAAAUUGGCACUUUUGAAAAUAUAGAGACAGUGUCUGAAGAAACAUCUAUUAUAUUAGCCUUAAAGAAAUUUGUUGAACGCAGAGUAUCUGCUUUACCUAUGGUUGAUCAAGAAGGUCGACUUGUUGAUAUUUUUGCUAAAUUUGAUGUUAUUAAUUUAGCUGCAGAACGUACAUAUAAUAAUUUAGAUGUUACAUUAAAACAAGCCAAUGAGCAUCGAAGUGAUUGGUUUGAAGGUGUACAAAAAUGCCACCUGACUGAUACAUUAUAUAGUGUUAUUGAAAAAAUUGUCCGCGCUGAGGUACAUAGGCUAGUGAUUGUAGAUGCAGAAGACAAAGUCAUUGGAAUACUCUCAUUAUCCGAUAUCCUACACUAUUUAGUACUUCGGCCUUCCGGAGCUGAUCGGUUAUUGAAAACCAAAGAACUAUAUGAAAAUGAUGUGGAAAAUUCUAAAACUUUAAACUCUACUAUGGAGCCAAUACUAUUACAAUCAUAAUGUGAGAAAAUAUAUUUUAUUUAAUCCUGUGACAUUAUGAGUUCUACAUGAACAGAAUUAAUAGUCUGCAGUCAUAACACCGGAUGAUCUGGUUUAAUUUUAUUUGUACAAGUAUUAUUUACCUAUGUAGUAUUAUACGACAGCGCUUUAGAGACAACAAAAUGUUUAUUCUCUAAGUAUUAGUUGAAAAAUGUAUGUUCAAUGCCUUUAUUAUUAUUAUUAUUAUUAUUAU